GCAAAUGAGCCAAACACUAGGUGGGCCGCCUGAAAUCAUCCCAAAAAUAUUAACGGCACCAUUACGCAAGAAUCCCCUCGAAUAAAUAGAUCAUUUACCGUCCAUUCUUACGGACUUUGAAAUCUCCCGCUCUCCAACAUUACGAAUGAAUGCCCAUACCCAAACUCUGUCCCCCCCUAACUCGAACCCAGUGCAUCUCCCUUAUCGGAUCCUACACCCGAACCAAAUCAAUCCGACCCGCAACCCAGCUCCACGCCCUCAUCGUCUCCUCAGGCCUCCUCGAUUCCUCUAUUGCCUCAAAACUCACUAUAAUGUACUCAAUGUCAGGCAAUACUCAAAACGCUCACAAACUGUUCGACAAAAUUCCUCGAAAAACUCCAGCGCUCUAUAGCGUCCUCAUCCGAGGCCAUGUACAAAAUGGGCAACACCAGGUUGCACUUAAAAUGUUUGCGCAAAUGAUUUCCGAAGGGCUUCACGCUGACAACUACGCAUACCCUUUUGCUCUCAAGGCCUGCGGAGAAAUUCGAAUCGUCCAAUUGGGUUCACAAAUCCAUUGUAAUGUGUUUGUUUCUGGGUACACAUCAGAUGAGUAUGUACAGAACUGUUUAAUAGCAAUGUACAUGAAUCAAGGUAGAAAAGAUGAGGCUUCGAUGGUUUUCAAUGAAAUGGGAAACAAAAGUGUUGUUUCCUGGAAUACCAUGAUUGCUGGUUUGUAUCAAAAUGGGUUUGCUGACGAGGCGUUGAGCAUUUUUGGUCGAAUGGUGGAUGAUGGGUUUGAGAUCGAUAGGGCUACAGUUGUCUCGGUGUUGCCAGCUUGUGCACAAUUGAAGGAUUUAAAGUGUGGGAAGUUGGUGCAUAAUUUGGUGAAAGAAAAGGGGUUUCAAAUGUAUCUUCCAGUAAAGAACUCUUUGAUUGAUAUGUACUCAAAGUGUGGACGCUUAGAGGAAGCAAGAAGAAUAUUCGACGAUCAAAUUGGUGAUAAAGACGUCGUUUCAUGGACUGCAAUGAUUGGAGGAUAUGCAUUGAAUGGAUAUGCAAUAGAAGCUCUUGAUCUUUGUUAUCAUAUGCAAUUAUCAGGGAUACGGCCUAAUACCGUAACGAUGGCCUCUCUUCUCUCUGCUUGUGGAAUUUUACCUUCUAUAAGCCAUGCCAAGAGUGUUCAUGGAUUGUGCAUAAGGUUUGGUCUUGAGUCAGAUAUCGUUGUUGAAACCACACUUAUUGACACGUACUCCAAAUGUGAUGCAACAAGCAUUUGUUUGCAAGUAUUUGAAAGAGGUUCGAAAAGAACAGCAACAUGGAAUGCAAUAAUAUCAGGGUUUGCCCGAAAAGGGCAAUCAAGACACUCAAUCGAGCAGUUUAAGAUGAUGCUACUAGAAAAAGUGAGUCUAGACUUUGCCACAAUUGCGAGCAUAUUGCCUGCUUAUUCCUACUCUGCUGAUAUGCAGCAAGCCAAGAAUUUACACUGUUACCUAAUGAAAACUGGGUUUCUUCAAAGCUAUGAAAUUACUACAGGCUUGAUUGAUGUUUAUGCUAAGGCUGGAUGCUUAGAUAUCGCAUGGAAUCUAUUUGAAGCUCUAUCUGUCAAAGAUUUCGUAUCUUGGAGCGCUAUGAUAGGGGGCUAUGGAAUGCACGGGCAUGCUAAAACUGCGAUUUGGCUGCUUGAUCAAAUGAUUCUAUCUGGAAUCAAGCCAAAUGAAGUGACUUUCACUUCAUUGCUCUAUUCCUGUAGCCAUGCUGGUUUAAUCGACGAAGGUCUAAAUUUGUUCCAGAGAAUGGUUAAAGAUCACAGCUUGAGACCUCACAAUGAGCAUUAUGCUUGUGUUGUCGAUCUUUUAGGACGAGCAGGGAAGCUCGAAGAGGCUUAUGGGGUGAUUAGGUCAAUGCCAUUUGAGGCGAAUCAUGCGGUUUGGGGAGGACUGCUCGGUGCUUGUGCUGUUCAUGAGAAUGUGGAAUUGGGGGAGAUUGCAUCUAAGAGGUUGUUCGAGUUAGAACCGGAGAAUACAGGGAAUUAUGUGCUUUUGGGUAAUAUUUACGCUGCUGUUGGGAGAUGGGAAGACACUGAAAGUUUGAGAGAGACGCUGAAGGAGAAGGGGUUGAGGAAAGCUCCUGGGUGUAGUUUGAUAGAGGCAAAUAAUUUAUGAUCUUGAAGGCAACUUGGGAAGUACUUGUAUACCAAGAAGGAUAAUGAGUUAUUUUACCUCUUAUUGCGUGAUAAGAGGAUGUAAUAGCCAUUUUUUUGAGGGGUUGAGGGAGAUAUCAAUUGGAACACUGAGAGUUGUUGCCUCUCUAAUAAAUGAGAUACACUGAAGUCGCAGCACCUUUGCAACUACGACCGACACUGAUCAGAGACUGAACCUGCACAAAGCUAGCAAGC